CGUAAUAAGAACUACGAAAAAAGUUCCAGAAGGAAAAAGGGAAAGUAAAAAGAAAAAAAAACAUCGAAAGCCGUUUUGGCCAAAGCGAUUUGUUUUUAUCCAGAGCUUGAAACUCCUGCGUUAGAGCUUUUUGGUGUUUCUCCAUUCGUUUGUUUCAAAACUGUUUGUUUAUGUUUCCCCGGUUACCAUGGACUUGAACCCCAAAUAUGACGGCUAUGACUUCCCGUUCCAGUCCGCCACUCCACAGGAUGGUCACCCCGGACACUUGACCGGUCAACAGAUAGCUGCAGUCCAACAGCUACGGAUGCUGCUGGAGGCUGAGGGAUAUACAGAACGUCUUGACACCUUAACAUUGGUACGGCAGUACAAAAUUUAGUGGGAAAGAAACGGUAAACACUAAGUGAUGAACAACACUGGCUAAUCAGUACGUGGCGGGAUGAUAGCUACGAUUCCUCCGUGCUCGGAAGUUCGACGUUAAUCUGUCGAAGCAGAUGUAAGGCUAAGGAUAUUCUGGUCUGUCUAUAGAUAGAUUAGCUUGGAGAGAACAUUCCGCUGACCGCCUACAGGUUCGUUGACUGUGAGAAGUGGCGGAAAGAAAUCAAGCUCGACGAGCUCGUCCCUGUCUGGGACUAUCCUGAGAAACCCGAGAUCUCCAAGUACUAUAAGCAAUUCUACCAUAAAACGGAUAAGGAUGGCCGCCCUAUCUAUAUCGAGACACUUGGCGGCAUUGACCUAACAGCCAUGUACAAGAUUACCACCGCCGAGCGUAUGCUUACCAACCUUGCCGUCGAGUACGAACGUGUGUCUGAUCCCCGCCUUCCUGCUUGCUCCCGAAAGGCCGGCUCCCUUGUCGAAACCAGCUGUAGCAUCAUGGAUCUCAAAGGCGUUACCCUCACGAAGGUGCCUUCGGUGUAUUCCUACGUCCGUCAGGUUUCUGUAGUCUCUCAAAACUACUAUCCUGAACGACUAGGGAAAUUGUAUUUGAUUAAUGCGCCAUGGGGUUUCUCUACUGUCUGGAGUGUGGUCAAGGGCUGGCUUGAUCCCGUCACUGUUGGAAAGAUUCACAUUUUGGGUUCUGGAUAUAAGACGGAAUUGCUUAAGCAAGUUCCUGCCGAGAAUCUACCAAAGGAAUUCGGCGGCUCCUGUGAAUGCGAAGGGGGUUGCAUGAACUCUGAUGCUGGCCCCUGGCAUGACCCACAAUGGGUUAGACCACCAAAAUGGCAAAAGAAAGAAGAGGGAAAUGAGACAGAAACAAAGGAGAAUGAGACUGCCACUGCUAUUACUUCCGAGAAACAGGAUACUUCCGAGACAACUGGCACCGAACCCACUGCGGCAGCUCCUGUUGCCGGGGCUUAGAGGGCUAACAUAUUUGUUAGAGUUUCGUAUAUAGAUUGUAUUAUCCAAUAGAGACCAUAUUUCAGGGGAUACGGAGAUCCGGGCAACCACAAAUCUAACCAUUGUUAUACCUAUUAUAAUGUACUAGGCAUACCUUCAAUAAAACAUAAAUUUAUUCACAGUGGGUUUUCCGCGCCCUUAUUUGACAAGUUAUGACGACAUAUCAGGGAAUAUUAAUUAUUACCAGACAGCGAUCAGGACCUCUUGUAUAUCCUGCUUUAUCCAACCCACGAAAAUCGAAAUCUUUAUCACUCUAAAGGAAAAUUAUCAGGAACAAUCAAAUCAAGCCUUUUAACUGCAGCCUAUGAUUAUUUCGAGUGAUGUACGGGAUUAUAUGCGUGUCUCCAACGAAACUGCACGAAAUGGGCGUAUUUUCCCUCACUUAGCCGAGUAAAAGUACACUGAGUAUACGGACUGAUCCUAGGACAACUAGCAGAUAUGUUUAUUGGGUAUUUGUACCUUACGAAAUACUUCUUAGCAAUAAUGUUCUGCCCCUUUCCAACCUGGCCUUGUUGAAAUUUUUAAGUUUGUACUAAUGCAAGUCAGUGGAGAAAAGACUUUCUCCUGUGCAACCAGACGCGUCUACGCGGCAACCUUAAAGCUUAAAUAUCAAGGCACAGGGGUAGGCAUGGACUUGGUGAUACAUGGCUUGAGAUGCAUGCAGAUAUGCAGAAACUAGCGAGAACCUGGGAUUAAGAGGUGCUAGGAAAUAAUGCACCAAGAAGCACUCAUUUGUUUUUCAUAUACUCUGCCAUCAUUCUGACCAUUUAUGGCAAACCUUACCUGUCAACUGGCCUCGACAUUUCCGUACUACCUUGACGAUUAAAUGGUAUGCUAAGUAUAGGAAGUUGAAAUGUGCACUCAAAUUGAGAUCGAGUAAAAUUAUCCAAGCAGUCACUUAAUUUUUAUCACCUCGUUGUAACACGUUGGAUGGGAAACAAAAUUUUUCCGUCAUAGUAAUUUUUUGGGCGGUUGUACUGACGCAGAAACUACCACAUAACUUAACACUGUAGCAAGGACUUGUAUUUAAUUGUCAAUUCACCAUCAUGAAUGAACAUUUAAGGAACAUUAUUGAAUCGAUAUUACUGGCGAGUUGCACAUAGAUGGGAUCCUUCGUCGGGAAAUCAAAGAAACCAUCUCACCUACCUGCAGUCCUUGAGUCCGAGAAGAGUUAUAGGUAGAUUAUCGCAUAAUUUACUAGUAACAGGAGUACCUGAUCUUCAUUUUCAUCAAAGUUUUGUAUAGUUUGAAAACUCAUUGCGUGCCCUAUGAAAGAAAAUGGAAACUUCGUUCCUUGAGGAAAAAAGGUUUGAAGGUAAGAGACCAAACAUACCGUAAACAAAACACUUUUUUCAGUUUGUUGAAGAUAUUAGCUACAAAGUAAGUAUCCCCAGAAGAUUAAGGUAUACUCGAAGCAUUAUCUCGUUUAGUAUUCAGUGUAUAUUGCUGUCAUGAUAUGAUUGGAACUUUUGUCACCGACUAUAAUCAUGUUAAUAAAUCCUGUUUAUGUAGGCGGUUCUUAGCUUUGGAAUUUCGGUUUGACAUAAUUUCAUUUUUUAGAGCGUACGUAUUUCUAGAAGAACGUAAUCUCAAGGAUCUAAGGGAGUAUUAGUUAGUUAAUUACUCCCAUGCAAAAGAUGAACUAAGAAAGGCUGGUUGUCUGUAGAAGUAAAAUUAUAAACAUUUAGCAAGUGUAGGUUGAAUUUGGGUGAAUGUUAACUGCCUGGGACUGGCAAUGAUUUGACCAUGUUAAAACAGUAUUUUAAGGCAGACUUUUACAUCCCAUGUAUCAAAUGCGCGGCCAGACAAUCCUCCACUUAUACCAAUGCACCGCAAGCGGUAAACCCUUUGUGAGAAGCCAACUUGGGCCCAAAGAGUUAUCUAUUUACUCCUGGCUGUAAUCACCAACAGCUGGCCAGGAACCAUGCCGAGUUCCUGGCCCUUCAAGUGCAACUAAGUAUACACCUGAUGGCAUAGCAAGACGACACAGCUGACCUAGUGGAACUGAAGGGUAUCGGAGGCCUAAAUAAGCUAUAUGGGGCAAUCAAUCACCGAUGUUGGCCUCUUUGCUAGGCUGCCACGAAUAAAGCUCACUAGAACAGUUUCAUUCGGCCCAUAGAGAGUGUUCUUCAAACUUCGGAAAAGAUGUCAACCGUCUAGACGCGUUCUAAGCAUCCUCUUAGGAUUAUGCGGGUGCUGUGGAAUAAUACGACCCCAGAUGCGCACCGUCUCCUUGUCGGGACGAUAGUUACUCUAGGGGAACCCGAUAAUCGCCCCCAAAUGUUCGUCUAAGGGCAUUCUUAUGUUUUCGUGUGUUCCUUGUGCGGCAGC